AUGAAAAAAUCAACUACAAUUGAUGCAUUCUUUAAAAGAAAGAAUGUUGAAGUUUCAACAUCUGAUGUCUCAUCAAAUCUAUCAGUGGAUGUAGAUCAUGAAAAUUCAAAAAAUCGCCCAACAAAGUCUUUAAGACUUGACAUUAAAGAAGGAUUUGAUAUUAAUUUAUUGGAGCGUGAUCCGGGAAUACGCCCGCUAAUAUGGGAGUAUCCACCAGAGAAGCGUGACGAAGUUCGCAGAGCUUACAUUAAAGCUGGUCCAUAUCAGAUUAUACUCUCUAGCUAUCAAAAAUCAGAAGAAGCUCAUUCACGUUCUUUUCAGUCAUCUUGGGUUAAGCUAUUUCCAUCUUGGUUGGAAUAUUCUCCUAAAGUAGAUGCUGCAUUUUGUCUACCAUGCUUUUUAUUUCACUCUAAAGAUGCACCGCCUAGAUUGGAUGCAUUUACUAUUAAUGGAUUUCGAUCAUGGAAAAAGGUAAGAGGAAAAAAUUGUGCAUUUUUAGCACAUAUUGGAGACGAUAUAAAUUCACCUCAUAGAAAUUCUGAGAAAGCAGUUGCAGAUCUCAUGAACCAACCAAUACAUAUUGGAAGAAGGUUUGCAAACUUCACAUCACAAGAAAUUGCUGACAAUAGACUUCGUUUGAAAACAUCAAUUGAGGGGAUUAGGUGGCUUGCAUUUCAAGCAUGCCCUUUUAGAGUGAGAAACGCGAUUCGUGAAGAAAUUGGUGAUGCAAAAUUUUCUGUAAUAGUUGAUGAAGCACGAGAUGAAUCUAAGAAAGAGCAAAUGUCAAUUGUUUUAAGAUUUGUUGAUAAAGAUGGUUAUGUGCAAGAACGUUUUUUUGGGCUUAUUCAUGUCAAAGACACUGCUGCUAUAACAUUAAAAGAAGGUAUUUUCUCUAUACUCUCUAAUUAUAGUCUUGAUGUUCAAUCUAUUCGUGGACAAGGUUAUGAUGGCGCAAGUAAUAUGCGUGGACAAUGGAAUGGUUUGCAAGCUUUAAUUUCAAGUGAAUGUCCUUAUGCUUACUAUGUUCAUUGUUUUGCACAUCGUUUGCAAUUGGCAUUAGCUGCUGCAUCUAGAGAAGUUAUUCCUGUCCAUCAAUUUUUUACAAAGUUAAAUUCUAUUGUUAAUAUUGUUGGUGCUUCAUGUAAACGCAAUGACCAACUAAAAGCUGCUCAUGCUACAAAUAUUGCUCAUUUACUUGAGAUUGAUGAACUAGAAAGUGGGAAAGGACUCAAUCAAAUUGGUUCUUUACAAAGGGCAGGUGAUACUCGUUGGAGUUCUCAUUUAAAAUCUAUUUCUAGUUUGAUAAAGAUGUUUAGUGCAACAUGUGAAGUUUUAUUGAAUAUUAUUGAAGAUGCUUUACAACUUCAGUCUCAAGAUAUUUUAAAUGCAAUGCAUCUUGUUUCAUCUACUAAGACUCUCAUUCAGAAAUUGAGAGAAGAUGGAUGGGAUGAAUUAGUUUAUGAGGUGAAAUCUUUUUGUGAACAUGUUAAUAUACCUGUCCCAGAUUUUAAUGCUCACUAUACUACAAAAAGAGGAAGAAGUCGUGGUCAACAAGAUGCAAUUAUAGUGGAGCAUUAUUACAGAGUUGAUCUUUCAAUUCAGUGA